AUGACGCUCAACAACUUGUCUGAACAGCUUCCUUGGCUCUUGCGGAACCCAAACUCGACUCGUCCUGCGGGAUUCCCGACCUCACUGUCCUCCGCCUCGUCGGCUGCGGCGUCGUCUCUGGCGCGGCCCGCCGGGGCGUCUUCUACGGCCGUGUCGACCACCACGCCGAUAGUCCACUCGCCCACUACAGCUGCCUUGAUAUCAACGUUCCGGAAAGAGCCUGCUUUGUCCAACAACAGCCACAACAGCAGCAAUACGACCGCCGUAGCAGCUACGCCGCGCACCUCGAAUGCGACCGGCUCAUUAACGCCUGCUCUCACUGGCACCACGCUCUACCCGUCCAUGCGUUCGACACUGAUCGCCAACUCCGAUCAGGAGACUGCAGCAGCCGCAGCAGCCGCAGCAGCCACCAUUGACCACCACUGUCCCGCCUCGUCGCCCACCACGCCAUACGCCUCGACAAAUCGUACUACCACCCUCACGCAACAAGACGCAGCUACGCGUCCACCGGGCACGGCCAACGCUCCGAGUCGGGCGACACCAGCUGUACCCUCGUCGCACACCAGGUGGUCCAAGACUCCCAUUGCUCCGUCUCCGUACGCGCUCGACUUUGGCUCUGACCUUGACCCUGACGACUUCGAUUCCAUUGUCGACCUGACCACGGACGACAACACGCCAUCAUCUUCGUCCCCUCAUGCUGCACCGCGCGAAGAUGUCCCGUUAUGGCGGGAAGAUUAUGCUUCGAGGCCGGAGCCACGCUCAAUUGCAAAACGUGGCAAGAAACGCAAGAGCGCUGACGUGAACGGGCCGCCUGAGAAGGCCACGCCGACGGCAAAACGAAAGGCACGUGUGGAGGAGCGGCAACGAAGCAGGGCAGUCGAAGACGAGUACGAGGACGACGACUCUGGCAGCAUAGGUGAUUUCCCAGAUGUGAACGACCUCGUUAGCAUGGUGUCGUCAUCACCCAUUCGGAACCGCCAAACACCGGCCAAAGCACCGGGUAGGACGCCGGCGAAAACACCUGCAAAAUCAGUAGCGCCGACAAAGACACCGAGAAGAUCACCGGUGCCGCCCGUUGAGGAAAGCCUGCUGCCCUUACAAACGUCCGUUACGCCGCAGAAGAAGCAGAAACGCGAUUCUACACGCAGCGACAUUGUCAUGGACUCGGAAGACGAAUUCGUGACACCGCCCACUCGAAACGCGUCGUUUGUGACCUGUCCGAACGACUCAGUGAUGCAAGAUGGGAACGGCGACGAGAUUGACGAGGAGGAUGACAACAAUGGUCCCCCAUCACCACACUCACCUACCCUCCGAACCGCACAACGCAUGGCCGACACGCCUCACAAAAACCCAUCUUUGGACCGUGGAACAAAAACGCCUUCGAGGUCGAGAGCUCUUGUGGCUGAGACGGAGCCCGAACCCGAAGCGGGAGAGGAAGAUGCUCCAAUGGAUAGCAUUGUGCACACCCAGCAACCUCCUGUUCUGGCAACAGCACCGGCUCCACAGUCGGAACCGGAACCUGCUCUCGAGCAGUCUGGCCAAGACACCGACGAAGGUAUGGCAGCAACGCAGCGACCGGGUGUCUUGGCCUACUGGCCAGCUUUGCGUUAUAAGCAGCAUGGUCUAGAGAAAAGACUCCGCCUUAAUACAAUGGAGUACACCAAAGCCCUUCGCGAGAAGUGGUCACCAGAACAGCGCAUGAAGAUCAAGGGAGACAAGGAACCUCUCUUGAAGGAGAAGCAGGCGCUCGACAAUCUUGUCAAUGAGUUCAGGUCGUAUGCGACCUUGUACAACGACCAAGAGGCCUUGCUCCACACCAUCACCGAAGCCUAUCAAAGCCACCAAGACACCGAAGAGGAAGAGGCCCGUCUCGACCAACUGACGGCCGAGCUUCAAGACUGCGAAGAAACACUCCGGGGACGACUAUCUGCUGCCUCGAUCGACCCGUCAAGCUGCCCAGCUGACUUUGCAGCCGGCAGCCCGAACGAUCGAGUGGUCGUGCCAGCAACCCAGCACCCAGAGGGUUACGUGGCCCCAAAUAUGUCUCGGAACAAUGCAACGACACCUGUGACGCCCUCGCAAGUUGUUCUGCAGACCCAGAUGCCGCCGCCGCGACAGCCACUACAUCAGCAACCGCGCCAAACCCGUGACGUCGAAAUCUUCCGCCCUCCGCCGCCACCUCCCAUGUCUCGACAACCACCCAACCAAAAUAUGCCUGACUCCUUUGAUGACGACGAUUUGUUCAACGGCGUGGAAAACCUACCGCCGAUGCUCACCUCAAACUACAACACAGGUCCCUCUCGACCGCAGCAAGGUCGAGGCCCUGACUUGUUUAGUGAUUUUAGCGACGAUGUGGAGAUGCUCCAGGUGGCCGAACAUUUUGAGAUGCAGCACUCGUCCAGUGCUGAGACGACCUCAAGACGACCAACGCCCGCUCGCCAAACACUGGCACCGACGUCUGGCAAUGCGGGCCCACCUCCCAGAGAACUCUCUCGAGGCGCAAAGAAGUCAGCCGCUCUUAUUCCUCGGGCGAGUCAAAAAGCUUCCAUGCCUCCCGAGUUGAUGCGCUUUGGCUGGUCCGAAGAUGUCCGGCGGGCCCUCAAAGACCGCUUCCGCAUGUCUGGUUUCCGCCACAACCAGCUCGAGGCCAUCAAUGCCACCCUGUCCGGCAAGGAUGCAUUCGUCCUCAUGCCCACAGGAGGCGGCAAGUCUCUUUGCUACCAGCUGCCCGCGGUCGUUGGCAGUGGCAAGACGCGCGGUGUCACGAUUGUGAUCAGUCCCCUGCUGAGUUUGAUGCAAGAUCAGGUCGACCACUUGGCCAACCUCAACAUUGCGGCCAACUCGUUUAACGGCAGCAUGCCAGCGCCCGCACGCCAAUUUAUCAUGGACCUGUUCCACAAGGAGAACCCUGAGCACUAUUUGCAGCUCCUUUAUGUGACGCCCGAGAUGGUCAACAACAACCAGCGGUUCAUCAACUGCCUGGGUACACUGUACCGGAACAAGAAGCUUGCACGCAUUGUCAUUGACGAGGCGCAUUGUGUGAGCCAAUGGGGCCACGACUUCCGACCCGACUACAAGGCCCUGGGCCGCGUCCGACGCCAGUUCCCCGAGGUGCCCGUUAUGGCUCUGACGGCAACGGCAACGCCCAACGUCAUUGUCGACAUCCAGCACAACCUGAGCAUUGGCAACUGCCAGGUCUUUUCGCAGAGUUUCAACCGGCCCAAUCUCUACUACGAGGUCCGCGUCAAAGGUUCGGGCUGCAUCGACAACAUGGCCGAGAUGAUCAGGACCGACUACAACGGCCAGACGGGCAUCGUGUACACGCUUUCGCAAAAGUCUACGGAGAGCAUUGCCAAGAAACUCUGCGACAAAUAUGGCAUCUCGGCCCACCAUUACCACGCCGGCAUGCCCGCCGAAGACAAGGUCCGCAUCCAGCGCGACUGGCAGCGGGGCGUCAUCAAAGUUGUCGUGGCCACCAUCGCGUUUGGUAUGGGCAUCGACAAGCCAGACGUGCGCUUUGUGGUUCACUACUACCUCCCCAAGAGCCUCGAAGGUUACUACCAGGAGACGGGUCGUGCCGGCCGUGACGGUCAGCAGUCGAAUUGCUACCUGUACUUUGGCUACGGUGACAUCAAGAACCUGCGCAAGUUUAUCACCGACUCGGACGGUAGUGAGGAGCAGAAGCAGCGCCAGCGGGAGAUGCUGAACCGCAUGGUCGACUUUUGCGAGAACCAGCGUGACUGCCGCCGCACUGAAAUUCUGCGCUACUUUGGCGAGAGCUUCGAUCCGGCCGAGUGCAAGAAGACGUGCGACAACUGCAAGAGCGACAGCAAGUUCAAUCUCACCGACUUCACCAAGUAUGCCGUGGCGGCGCUGCGUAUCGUUGAGGCCUUCAAGCUUGCCACCCUGGUCCAAUGCGCCGAGGCUCUCAUGGGCAGCAAGAGACUGCCAGAAGACCAUCAAGAGCGGUUGGGGGAUAUCUAUGGCAUUGCCAAGCACCUGAAGAAGCAGGAUGUUCACAUGAUGAUCUACCGGCUUCUCGCCGAGAACGCUCUGCGGGAAGUGAACAAAGUCAAUCGGAUGGAUUUGGCCAUUCAGUAUUUUGAACUUGGUUCUUGUGCGGACGAUUUCUUCCAUGGCAGGAAGAAGCUUCAGGUCGUAAUUAAGGUUAACGACAUUGCGGCCGCCGUGACAGCAAAAACGAAGACAAAGAAGGCCGCCGCCAAGGCCGACGACAGUGCGACGACGAAGGCAACUAAGAGAACAAAAGCAACCGCGAAGAGCAAGGCAGUAGCUGGCUCGUCAACGGCCGGAGCAGCUGCCAAAAAGAAGCGCAAGACGCCGGCGGCCGUUCUCGACGAAGCCGGUGUUGAGGACGAUGAGAACGACGGUGAUACCGAUUUUGAAAGUUUUGAUGGCCCUGUGCACCGAAAUGGCUACGCCCGGGACAACUUCGUGGUUUCGGAUAAUGAGGAAGACGUCAUCAUUGACGAAAACGAUGACGACGACGCCGCUUUCGAGGCACUGCCGCCAAGACGGCUAGUCGCAACAUCAAAGGCGCGCCAGGUGCAGCAGCUCCAGCAAUACGCGUAUCAGGACACCGGCCAGAGCCGGCCGGUAAGAAAGAGCCAAACAACCCAGCGGCAACGGCGUCUUGAGGAGCUGGGCGGGCCUAUUGCGCGCGACUCCCGACUGACAGAGGCAAACAUUGACCCGAUCCAUGCCGACAUCAUCGCCCACUUUGCCGACGAAGCCCGGCGGCUUGAAGAGAAGAUUCGCAACGAAAAGGGUCUGCGCAUUCUCUUUACGGAGCGGCAACUGCGUGAAAUGGCCAUUUGUUGGACCGACACCCUGGACAAGAUGCGGCGCAUCCCGGACAUUGAUCCGGACCACGUGCGUCGGUACGGCAACAAGUUUUUGCCUUUGAUCAAGCGAAACUACUCCAUGUACCAGGAGAUGAUGGGCGCGGGUGCCGAGGAGGAAGGCGAUGUGGAAGACGAUGGUGCCGGCUACGACAGCCCUGUCCUGGGUCCUGUGACUGCAGCACGACGAGGUGGCGGCGGAGCGCCUUCCAAGGCGCCCUCGCAAGCCGACCUCGAUGCCGUUGUCGAUCUGAUCAGCUCUGAUGAAAGCGAUGACGAUGACGACCCUGGUGCUGGCGGCAACGACAAUGGGUAUGGAGGCGGCGGCAUCAUUUCGACAUCAUCGCAUGCAGCCGAUACGUGGCGCUCCCAACUCGAAGCACUACAGAGCCAGCCACCCACCAAGGGAAGCCGAGGCGAAGGCCGGAGCGGCGGUGGCUCGCGCAAAUUCAGCAAGGGCGGACGCAAGACAUUUAUGCGCCGUGGCGGCAGCCGCAGUGGCAGUGGCAGCUACUCUCGCGGCAGCCGAGCGGCCAGCGGCGGCGGUGGUGCCAACGGCGGCGGCGUGCUGAAGCGCAAGUCAGCAGCAUCGUCGGGCGGUGCAAGCAGCAGUCGAGGAAGUGGUGGGAGUGGAAUAGGGAUGAUGCCGUUGUGA